AUGAGUGCAAAGAAACAGAAAUAUUUUGAUGAAUAUAUUCCAUUUGGAUUCGUGUCCCUCCAAAAGAGUGACACAAAAGUCUCCCAGUGUGUGAUAUGUUACAAGACUUUGAGCAAUGAUGGAAUGCGACCCUCACGCUUGGAACGCCACUUGCAAACUAGCCCAAGGCAUUCUUUUGAAACCAAAAGACAUUCCGUGAAGCAAGCCAAGUUGGACGGUUGUGGGGCAUUUCGGCAACAAACUUCAAUGGUUGUUGAAGCUUCCUAUAAGAUCGCCAUGUUGAUUGCAACGAGCAAGAAGAGCCAUAACAUCGGAGAGUCUCUCAUAAAACCAAGUCUACUCCGUGCAGCAGAACUCAUUCUGGGGAAAGAUAGUGCAAACAAGCUCUCCCAGAGUCCACUAUCAAACGACACAGUAAAGGAAAGGAUCGAGGACUUGUCUCAAAACAUCAAAGUUCAAAAUCUCGACCACGUAAGAGAUUCUCCUGCUUUUGCCAUCCAGUGUGACGAAACGACUGACAUCGUUCAGUGUUCUCAGCUACUGAUAUAUGCUCGUUUUGUCAGGCAGCUGUGCAAAAGAGGAAACGUUGUUCUGUCACCCUAUGAAUAG